AUGCCUCAACGGUUUGAUCGGAUUGUGAGCGCGGCGAUUGAGAAGAGAUUGGGCGGUGGUGGAAAGAAGAAGGAAGGGGAUGGGGUUAAUAACAAGAAGAAGGAUUUGUUGCAGGUUCUGCUGGAUUCUGGUGCUGCCUCGUCCUUGGCUUCCAUGGCCCAUUUCAAAGCCCAAGUCCAGAUACUGGAAGUCGGCGGAUUCACUGUCCCCCAAGGGACGGAAGUCGUCGUCAACGGCUGGGCCAUCCACAGGGACCCUUAG